GCAACCGGAAGAUGUUGUCUAGCACACAGAAUCACGGACCUUCUGACACGCCGGGCGGGAAGAUGUCAUCAUUGCCAAGAAGAGCAAAAGCAAAGGUCCAGACUGUGAUAUCCAAAGAUGAAUUCUCUUCCUUCUCUGAGUUAUCAUCUGCCUCUGAAGAUGAUAAGGAGGACAGUGCAUGGGAACCCCAAAAGAAAGUACCCAGAAGCCGUAAGCCACCUGUUUCCAAGGUAUCCAAACCAAAGAGAGUACCACGAGUGAAGAACACGCUGCAGAUCAGUGAUGGCUCAGAAGACAUGGCUGUCAAGGAGGAGCUGAAUAACUCUAUCGCUAUUGCUGAUGUUGAUUUAGAAGACAAAAACAAAUUGGAGACUGGGCAGACUCUGAAAACAGCAAAGACAAAACGGAAAAAUUCAGCUCAGUCACCUUCAGCUCGGAGGACUAAAAAGCUGAAAACUGGUGAAGAAGCCAACAAAGCCAGCAGCUUAGAGAGCAGAAAUAAUAGCAUAGAGAUGCCGUCCACUAGCACCAUGUGGGAAGGUGGGUGCAAGGAAGAGGAGAACAAAGACGACUUUACAUGUGGUCAGUCCCCUUUGAAGAAAGUGAAGACGGAAACGUGUCCUCAGGGGCAGCCUGUCAGGUUUCCGGCAAAUACCAGUAAUAUUGAGGAUGUGGAAAUGAACUGGGACAUAGUACAGGUUUUAUCUGAGAGAACUGAUGUUGAGCUUUGGGUUUGUGCCAAUAUUAUUCGUCUCUUUAAUGAUGAUAACACAAUUCCCUUCAUUAUACGUUAUCGAAAAGAGCUUAUUAAUAAUCUUGAUGCUGAUUCCUUGAGAGAAGUUCAACAAACUCUAGAGGAGCUACGGGCUGUUGCAAAGAAGGCUCAUAGUACAAUCCAGAAAAUUAAAAAGGAGGGGAAGAUGUCUGAGUGCCUGCUAAAAGCUUUGCUGAACUGUAAGACUUUUGAAGAACUAGAACAUGUGUCAGCGCCAUAUAAAACUGGUAGCAAAGGCACCAAAGCCCAGAGAGCAAAGCAGCUGGGAUUAGAAGGAGCAGCCAGGACACUGCUGGAGAAUCCAGGGGAGCUGAAUCUGCUCUCUUACAUUAGACCCAGUGUGAAAGGGCUUUCGGCACUCCAGGAUAUUGAAACAGGAGUACAGCAUAUUUUAGCAGACAUGAUUGCUAAAGACAAAGACACACUUGACUUCAUUCGGAAAUUGUGCCAAGAUAGAUAUAUUCAUAUCCAGUCAUCUUUGGCAAAAGUGUCCUCAAAAAAAGUAAAUGAAAAAGAUGUUGAUAAGUUUCAGCUCUAUCAAAACUUCUCAUGCAAUAUAAGAAACAUCCAACAUCAUCAGAUUCUGGCAAUUAACCGUGGAGAAAAUUUGAAGAUACUGACUGUCAAGGUUAACAUUCCUGAUGGAGUAAAGAAAGAGUUCUGCAGGUGGUGCAUACAAAACAGGUGGAGACCACGUGGCUUUGCAAGGCCAGAGUUAAUGAAGAUUUUAUACAACUCACUGGAUGAUUCCUUUAAACGCCUUAUUUAUCCUCUCCUUUGUAGAGAGUUCAGAGCCAAACUAACAUCAGAUGCAGAGAAGGAGUCAGUAAUGAUGUUUGGACGGAAUCUUCGUCAGCUCCUUUUAACAAGCCCUGUCCCAGGGCGUACCUUGAUGGGAGUGGAUCCUGGUUAUAAACACGGUUGCAAAUUAGCUGUAAUUUCUCCAACUAGUCAGAUACUUCAUACUGACGUGGUAUACUUGCAUUGUGGACAAGGCUUCCGAGAGGCAGAGAAAAUAAAGAGGCUCUUGCUGAAUUUCAACUGCAGCACAGUGGUGAUUGGAAAUGGAACUGCCUGCCGGGAAACAGAAGCUUACUUUGCUGACCUGAUAAUGAAAAACUACUUUGCACCACUGGAUGUCGUUUACUGUAUCGUCAAUGAAGCAGGAGCAUCAAUCUACAGUGUCAGCCCUGAAGCUAACAAAGAGAUGCCAGGACUGGACCCUAAUUUGAGAAGUGCAGUUUCCAUAGCAAGGCGUGUACAAGAUCCAUUAGCUGAGCUAGUGAAAAUCGAGCCAAAGCACAUUGGAGUUGGAAUGUAUCAGCAUGAUGUAUCUCAGACUCUGCUCAAGGCAACACUGGACAGUGUUGUAGAAGAAUGUGUCAGUUUUGUGGGAGUGGAUAUUAACAUCUGUUCAGAAGUUUUGUUAAGGCAUAUCGCUGGACUCAAUGCCAACCGAGCCAAAAAUAUUAUUGAAUGGCGUGAGAAAAAUGGGCCAUUCAUCAACCGAGAACAGCUGAAGAAAGUGAAAGGGCUGGGUCCAAAAUCUUUCCAACAAUGUGCUGGUUUCAUCAGAGUCAACCAGGAUUAUAUUCGAACAUUUUGCAGUAGUCAGCAAACUGAAUCUGCAGGCGAAACUCAGGGAGUUGCUGUAACAGCUUCAGCAGGUGUUGAGGUCACAAAUGAGAAGCAAGGCAAGAAAAGGAGCAAAACUGCAGUGAAUGUUGUACUGAAGCCAAAUCCUUUGGACCAGACUUGUAUUCACCCGGAAUCGUAUGACAUAGCAAUGAGGUUUUUGUCAUUCGUUGGAGGGACACUAUAUGAGAUUGGAAAGCCAGAAAUGCAGCAAAAAAUAGAUUCAUUCCUUGAAAAAGAAGGAAUAGAGAAAACUGCAGAAAGAUUGCAAACAACAGUCCACACCUUACAGGUCAUCGUAGAUGGUCUUAGCCAGCCCGAGAGCUUUGACUUUCGAACAGAUUUCGAUAAACCUGAUUUCAAGAGAAGCAUAGUCUGCUUGGAAGACCUGCAGGUUGGGACAGUUCUUACAGGCAAAGUCGAGAAUGCCACCCUGUUUGGAAUUUUUGUGGAUAUAGGAGUGGGGAGAUCAGGGCUGAUUCCCAUACGAAAUGUAACAGAAGCGAAACUUUCUAAGACGAAGAAGAGAAGGAGUCUUGGACUGGGCCCUGGAGAAAGAGUGGAAGUCCGAGUACUCAACAUUGACAUUCCCCGAUCUAGGAUUACCUUGGAUCUCAUUCGGGUGUUGUGAGUGUGUCACUGAUGGCCAGACAGUGGUUUUAUUCCCUCACUUCUACAGGUUGGCAAGAAUAAGUCAGAUGUUUGUGAGCUCUGGCUGGCAGAUGAGAAAGAACUCACUUAAUAUCAGAAGUAUUUUCCAAACAUUUUCCUUAUUUUUCCUUUUGAAUAAAUAGAGAGCUAAUUGCUUGAUUUCCUUUCCCCUUAGAAAAAGCAGCUCACAGACACCUUUAUGUGGCUCCAUGUAGUAACGAUUUUCUGACCAAAAUUUUAUUUUUUAUAACUCAUCUUUGAAUCCUUUUGCAUUUUGUAUAAUAGACUGUUUCACUUCUACUUGCCAGCUUGCCUUGCUGGACUUAUGUGGACUUAUCUUCGUAGUUUAAAUCGUAUAAUGUUUCUUGAUAAUAGAGUUGGCAGUAUUUAAUCCUCUCUUUUUAUAGACUUUUUUUUUUUUUUCUUAAAUCAGGCCUUUUGGAUUCGACUUGUGAUUUUCUCUUGCCAAGCAAACCAAAAUAUACCAAUUAAACAGAUCCUGAUGUGGUCAUAACCAUCAAGUGAAUAGCUCAAAUUAUUUCUCAGAAGAAUAUAUGUAUUGAUCUCUACAAUAAAAUGUUGUGGUUAGUGA